AUGUUGAAAAAAAUUACUUCAUACAGAAAAACAGAUUUUUCAACAUUAUUACUUUCUGAUCAAAGAAUUAAUUUAUCUCAUAAAUUCCACACAAUACAUACGCCUCUUUUUCUUUCAUUACAUUCAUUCUUUCUUUCUCUCUUUGCUACAUUCUCUUAUUCCUUUCUUCACUCGCUCUCAUCUUUGUUCACUUUUUCACUUCUUCGUUCUUCCGUUUCUUAUUCGUUUAAUUCCUUCCAUACGUGUCUUUUUAAUUCCUUCGUUGUCUUUUUGAUCUUUUUCUUUCAGUUUAUCAUCCGUUCUUUUGUUCCAUAUUUCUUUCAUUUUUUUCAUUCUUUCACGAUUUCAUUUCGUUCAUUUUCUCUCUUUUCCGUUCCUUCUUCAAUUCCUUCCUUCCUUCGUUUUCUCUCUUUUUCGUUCCUUCUUCAAUUCUUUCCUUCCUUCCUUCCUUCCUUCCUUCCUUCCUUCCUUCCUUCCUUCCUUCCUUCGCCUGUUUCACUCCUUUGUUCGUCCUCUCUUUUUCUUUGUUCUCUCUUUCUUUUCUCCUUUUCUUUGUCCCGUGUUUCUUUAGUUCCUUUCUUCUUUCUUUCUUUUAUUCAUUCGUUCUCUCUUCUUCUUAUUCGGUCUUUCCUUCCUUUCUUUUGA